UUUCCGAUCCACGCGAUACUCAAAAGUGCAAAGGAACCUUCGUUUACUUGUUACAGUGUUGAUUUCUGAAAUUUCAUCAGAACGAAAAUGUUGAAUCCUAAAGACGCGUACCCAACGCUGUCAAAGAAAUGAAUACCGUAGUGACCUCAAGAUUGAAACUUAAAACAGAACUGUAACUAGAACAGAAUAUCUAAGCCUAGAUAGUCACUACAAGGUAAUCGAUUUAAUCCCCAAGCUUAACCGAUUAAUGGGUAAUAAACGAAGACAACUGAUUUUCCUUAUUAGCUCCUUCACUUGUAUUAUAUGUGUUAGCUCAUCAGGUGUAGAGACAGACACAUUAGCAGCAGGUCAAGAGCUGAAGGAUGCAGAGUCGGGGUAUCUGAUCUCUGCUGGCGGGACAUUCAGGUUAGGAUUCUUUAGUCCCGGCUCCUCCAACAAUCGCUACUUAGGGAUGUGGUACAACCAGCCUCAGCCUGCAGAUAGAAAGGCGGUGUGGGUUGCCAAUAGAGACAACCCGUUAUUUGAUAAAUCCGGAAUCCUAACCAUAGAUGAAGUUGGCAGUUUGAAAGUGUCGCAUGGUGGAGGCAGUCCCUUUGUAUUAUCUUCUCCUGCUCGAACAGCUGGUAACGUAAGCGCUACGCUACUCGAUUCUGGUAAUUUUAUACUCAGGGAGCUGAGUUCAGAUGGUUCUACCAAGCGGAUAUUGUGGCAGAGCUUUGAUUAUCCCACAGACACGCUUCUUCCCGGCAUGAAACUCGGAAUUAACUUGAAAACUGGGCACAACUGGUCACUAAGUUCAUGGAUUAGCGAUGCCGUUCCUGCCACUGGGUCUUUUACCCUUGGUGUAGACCGCAGCGGUGCAAGCCAAUGGAUAAUCUCGUGGAAAGGGAAGCCCUAUUGGACUAGCGGGCUUUGGCGGAACCGCGACAAACAUUUCGAUUUAGCCCCAGAAUUGUCAAAUGAAUCUGACCACCACUUCAGCUACACUGAAAAUGAGGAAGAGAGGUACUUCUCCUUUUCCACGAAUAAAAACCACUCCAUGUCAGGAUAUUCCAUUACAUCUUCAGGUGAAAUCCUGGAGAGGUCAAAGGCAGCACCUUUUUGGAGCUGCGGUUUAUACAGAUCCAAUAACCUUGCUACCGGUUGCAUCCAGCCAACAGCGCACAAGUGCAGUACGCAUUUUGUCCAACAGUAUAAGCAUAGCAAAGCUUCCUUUAAAGGCAAAUUCAAGUUUGGAGAAUAUUCCAAUCUGAGCCUUUAUGAUUGCAAUGCCAAUUGCUCUAGCGAUUGUUCUUGUGUCGCAUUUGCUUAUGAUGACCGAACCGCCAGUUGCGACGUCUGGAGCAGAGGACUGAGUACCAAAAGACACCCCAUCUUUUAUAAAGAAACGACACAGCUCUACUUCAUGCUUGCGGACAAUUCGAGUGAAUUGGACAACUCAAUAUUCUUGGUGGUUUCACUGGUUCUAGCCUUGGGCUUUCCCUUAACAAUGUUUCUUCUCAUAGUAAAAGAACUUUUAAGAUCGAAAGUGGAUGAAACAGAAGUAGAGAUGUUAUUAAAUGAGCUAGGAGCCAAUGGCAGAAAUAAAGAGGGCAAGACAAACCGGGCGUUGCAAUUUUUCAGCCUUGAAACAAUUGCACAUGCCACGAACAACUUUGCAGCCACAAAUAAACUUGGAGAAGGUGGAUUUGGACCCGUUUAUAAGGGGAAGUUACACAGUGGUCAACAAAUAGCAGUAAAAAGGCUUUCAAGCAGCUCUGGGCAAGGACUGAAAGAGUUAAAAAAUGAAGCCCUUUUGAUUGCUAAACUGCAGCAUACAAAUCUUGUUAGGCUUGAAGGUUGCUGCCUUGAGAAAGAAGAAAAGAUGCUAAUCUAUGAGUACAUGCCCAAUAAAAGCUUGGAUUUCUUCCUCUUUGAUGCUGAAAGAAAGAACGUUUUGGAUUGGAAAAAACGAUAUAACAUCAUUGAGGGUGUUGGUCAAGGGCUUCUUUACCUUCAUAAAUAUUCAAGAUUGAAAGUUAUCCACAGAGACCUCAAGGCUAGCAACAUUUUACUUGAUGAUGACAUGAAUCCCAAAAUAUCAGAUUUUGGCUUGGCUAAAAUUUUUGGUCAUCACGACUCUGAAGCAAACACUGAGAGGAUAGUUGGAACGUAUGGAUAUAUGUCUCCAGAGUAUGCAAUGGAUGGCAUUUACUCUACGAGAUCAGAUAUGUUCAGUUUCGGGGUUUUAUUGCUGGAGAUAAUAACUGGCAGGAAGAAUAAUAGUUUCCAUAGUCUCAGUGGACCUCUCAGCCUUGUAGCAUAUGCAUGGGAGGCGUGGAAUGAGGGCAGAGCUUUGGAGCUAAUUGAUCCGUCAUUAGGCGAGUCGUAUCCAAAGGAUGAAGUGAUGAGAUGCAUACAUGUAAGUCUCCUAUGCGGACAAGACAACCCAGUUGAUAGACCAACCAUUCUAGAUGCCUUAUCCAUGAUGUACAGUGAAGGCAAUCAACUACCUAGGGCCAAACCGCCAGCAUAUUACUUUUCCAGGAGCAGGGAUGAGCCAGAGAUAGUGGAAUGCGAGUUGCAGAUUUUUUCACCAAAUAAUCUCUCAAUUACAGAGAUGGAAGCCCGAUAAGAAGAUCAACUUUAUAUUUAUCAUCCCGCAAAAACCAGUUUAGAGACUAAAUAAAAAGAUUGCAAGUACGGAAAUUUCUUUUUCCUAAUAUUUUAUUGUUUGCUACGAAUAGAUGACCUUCCCUAAUAUUGAAGUAGAGGUGAUCUUGGCCGGGCCGUGUAAAAUUUCGUGCCUAUAAAAUAGUAAAAUUUUGUCUCAGCCCAACCCAUUUGUAUUAAAUUUUAAAUUUUUAUAUAAAAAUAAAUUUAAAAAUAUAA